AUGCAUGAUAUGGAAGAUACGUGGAUGUGGAAGCACACCCAAAGUGGUAUGUUCUCUGUCAAAAGUGCCUGCUAUAUUGAAUGGUUUGACGAACAUAAGAAAAAAUCCUCGUCCUCUACUCAUGGUUCAGAACUGGUAUGGGAGUGGCUGUGGAAAGUAAUAAUCCAACCAAAAGUCAAGUUGUUUGGGUGGAAAGUUCUGCAUAAUGGUAUCCCGGUUCUCGAAAACCUUGAUCACAUUCGUCCUCGAUGUGGGGAGAAAACUGAAUCUCUUGAACAUAUGUUGCUGUUUUGUGUGAAUAGUAAGAAUGUGUGGUACCUCUCACCUCUUAGGAUUGAUGUAUCGAGGGCUGGAGGAGGCACGUUCCGAGAGUGGGUGGAAACUCUCGAGGGAAACAAAAAGGAUGAUGAGUGGUGGGCUUUGUUUUGGAUGAUUUGCUGGAAUAUUUGGCUCGGGAGAAAUGCGUGGGUGUUUGAGGGUAAGAAGAGGGAUUUCAAGGAGAUAGUUGAUAGAACAGUUCGGGGAGCGAGAGAGUUAGUAGCUUUCACUGAAGUUUCGGAAAGAAUGAAGCCUCGCAAUACUCAUGGAAAGGGCUGGGUGGCGCCACCGGAAGGGUGUACAAAAUCAAUACUGACGCUGCAAUGUUUGAAGGAAAACAGAUCGGACUAG